AUGAAAGACACAAUAUUAACUUCCCAGUACGAUCCCGGUUUGAUUAUUAGUCGUAUCGAACAAUAUCUUCACUGUACUGCAACAUGUCAACCCGAGUAUCCGUCAGAAUAUUGUUCCACACCUAAACGGCUUCACUUAUGGCUUGGAAAACGAUCAUCAGAUGAUCAGCGACAAUCACAAUUUGGAUUUGUCUGGUGUAAAAUGAAGAAACUAUUUGAACGAUCUUCCAAGACCGAUCAUGAUUCGUAA